UUGAAUUUGCAGACAAUUACUACCACAGACCCCUCCCGUACCUAAUUAAUUUACAGACGUGGACACCGGCGCCGACGAUUGAAGGAUCUGCUCUUUCUCUGUUUCGUAUUAUCUAGAAUGGCCGGCAUCCACGCAACAAUGAAAGAAUUGCACAAGGCCUCCAAACAUAGAUUCUUUAACCGCAAAUGGAACGGCCGAAUGGGAAUAUUAGAGAAUCUUGAUCGUAUCCGUUUUUUAUGGCUUAGGACCAUGGAAUACGGACGACAGGUUAGUGAUAUUGAGGCUGCACUUAAAGUUGUUGAUUCCGUUCUGCAAGAUCUUUACUACACUGUCACCGAGAUAUAUAAUCAAAUGAUCGUUAAAAGACCGGGGCGCAUUGACAAAAUUAAUUUUGAGCAUUUCAAGAUCGCCUUGGAGGACAAAUUUAGAGCUCUAUAUCUGGGUGUCCAAGUUAUCGACGAAAACUACGAACCAAUUGAGAUAAGUGAUUCGGAGGAGGAUCCAUCCGAAGAUGAGGCGGAAUUGAUGGACGAGUGUGAAGAUUAGUUAGUUUUUAUGAAAUAUUACAAUUCCUGUUCGUGUGUUUUAUUUAAAUAAGUGCAGUAUGGUUUCAUGCAUAGUUAAUUUAAUAAAACUUAAGAAUUUGCAGUUCAAAUUCGAGUUUCUGAAGUUCUUCUGAAAAUCCAAUGGUUGUUAAUAUCGAAAUGAAUUAAACAGCAAGUA